AUGGGCAGGGAGAUCAUCACUCUGCAGGCGGGCCAAGCCGGGAAUCAAAUUGGAGCACAAUACUGGCAGAAGCUUUGCGCGGAACAUGGUAUCUCCCCGACCGGCACAUUAGAGGACUGGGCGGCGGACGGAGGGCAGGGAGAUAGGAAAGAUGUCUUCUUCUACCAGGCAGAUGACGAGCAUUAUGUGCCUAGGGCGAUCCUGAUAGAUCUGGAGCCAAGAGUCAUCAAUCAAAUACUCGCAUCCCCCUUCAAAUCCCUCUACAACCCCGAAAACAUAUACAUGUCGAAAGAUGGCGGAGGUGCUGGAAACAACUGGGCGCAGGGAUAUAGCGCGGGAGAGAAGGUGUAUGAGGAGCUUAUGGAGAUGAUUGAUCGGGAGGCGGAUGGGUCGGACAGCCUCGAGUGGUGUAUGGGGCAGACACCUGUCAAAUGGGUUCGGGCGCCUGGGCGAAGCGGCUUCUCCCUUCUUCAUUCCAUAGCAGGCGGUACUGGCUCAGGCCUCGGCUCCUUCCUCCUCGAACGCCUCUCGGACCGCUUCCCUAAAAAGCUCAUCCAAACCUACUCGGUCUUCCCCGAAUCAUCCGAUGUCGUCGUACAACCCUACAACUCUCUUCUCGCCUGCAAGCGGCUCGUCAAUAAUGCAGACUCGGUGGUCGUGCUGGACAAUGCGGCGUUGACACGGAUAGCGGCGGAUAGAUUGAAUGUGCAGGAUCCGAGCUUUAUGCAGACUAACCAGCUUGUAUCGACCGUGAUGGCUGCUACCACGACAACAUUACGGUAUCCCAGCUACAUGAACAACGAUCUCGUCGGCAUCAUCGCCAGUCUGAUACCCACGCCUCGGUGUCAUUUCCUUACGACCAGCUAUACGCCGUUCACCAGUGAUGAGAUUGAUAAGGCCAAGUCAGUCCGCAAAACUACCACCCUCGAUGUUAUGCGCCGCCUCCUUCAACCCAAGAAUCGCCUCGUGUCCACCACCGCCUCCAAAUCCUCCUGCUACAUCUCCUGCCUUAACAUCAUCUCGGGCGACGUCGACCCGACCGAUGUACACAAGUCAUUACUGCGGAUACGAGAACGUCAGCUCGCCAAUUUCGUACCCUGGGGGCCGGCGUCGAUACAAGUCGCGCUUACGCGGAAGCGGGGAAUGCCGGGCAGGGAGGCGAGUAAUCGGGUCAGCGGGGUCAUGUUGGGGAAUCAUACGAGUAUUGCUUCUCUGUUCAAGCGGAUGAUAGAUCAGUACGACCGAUUGCGGAAACGAAACGCGUUCUUGGAACAGUAUAAGAAGGAGGACAUGUUUGCGAAUGGGCUGGAAGAGUUUGAUGAUUCAAGAAGAGUGGUCGCGGAAUUGGCAGAUGAAUAUAGAGCCAUGGAAAGUCCAGAUUACCUCGACUAUGGAGCAGAAUGA